AUGCCUGGCGCUCCGAACAAAAAGCAGAAGCGGCAGGAAUACCGCCACGCGCUAAAGCAAAAUGUCACGACGAAUAUGCCCAAGAAGAAGUUCUAUCGCCAGCGCGCGCAUGCGAAUCCCUUCUCAGAUCACAGAUUAGAAUACCCAACUAAACCCGAUGAUAUGGAUUGGUCCGUAUUCUACCCAGAAUUCGCCGCAAAAGCAACCGAAGAAGAAAACUCGCCCCCGAAGAAGCUCACCAAAGACAUUGAGGUUGUGGAUAUAGGCUGCGGCUUUGGUGGUUUACUUGUAGCUCUAUCACCCGUCAUGCCGGAUACCUUACUCGUGGGCAUGGAAAUCCGAUCGCAAGUAGCAGAAUUUGUGCAAGAUCGAAUUAAAGCCCUCCGCGCAAAGGACCCCGAGCAGAAAUCAUACCAGAACAUCGCCUGUCUGCGAGCGAACACGAUGAAAUUCCUCCCUAAUUUCUUUCGAAAGGCGCAACUGUCCAAGUUAUUCAUCUGCUUCCCUGACCCGCAUUUCAAGCAGCGCAAACACAAGGCUCGAAUCGUGUCUACGACCCUCAACUCCGAGUAUGCGUAUGUGCUUAGGCCAGGUGGAAUCGUAUACACUAUUACGGAUGUGGAGAACCUUCACGAGUGGAUGGUACAGCAUUUUGAGGCCCACCCUUCGUUUGAGAGAGUGCCCGAAGAGGAGCAAGAAGCCGACCCGUGCGUGGGAGUGAUGAGGACAGAAACCGAGGAAGGGAAGAAGGUUGAGAGGAAUAAGGGACAGAAAUUCGUUGCUCUGUUCCGACGCCUGGAAGAUCCUCAGUGGUGA